AUGGCCUCCCGUCCCGAGCUCAAGGUCGAAGACGAGAACGGUUUUAUCAGGUUCUUCCGCAACCUGCCCACGAAAACCGACGAUACCGUCCGCAUUUUCGACCGCGGCGAUUUCUACACUGCCCACGGUGACGAUGCCGUCUUCAUUGCACGCACUGUCUACAGAACCACGUCCGUCCUGCGUCAGCUUGGCCGCGAGCCUGGCCUCGAAUCCGUUACCCUCUCCAUCACCGUCUUCCGCAACUUCCUCCGCGAAGCUCUGUUCCGUCUAAGCAAGCGCAUUGAGAUAUGGGAAUCCACCGGCCGUUCGAAUUGGAAGGUCACCAAGCAGGCCUCGCCCGGAAAUUUGCAAGACGUCGAGGAGGACCUCGGCGGCCAGCUCGACUCCGCUCCCAUAAUCCUGUCCGUCAAAAUCACGGCCAGGGCAUCCGAGGCACGCCACGUCGGUGUAUGCUUCGCUGAUGCUAGCGUGCGUGAGCUUGGCGUCAGCGAGUUCCUUGACAAUGACCUCUACUCCAACUUCGAAUCUCUCCUCAUCCAGCUCGGCGCGAGGGAAUGCUUGGUGCAAGCGGACAGUUCAAGGAAAGAUGUCGAGCUGGCUAAGUUGAGGACAAUCGCCGACAAUUGCGGCUGUGCCGUUUCAGAGAGAAGCUCCGUCGACUUUGGCACCAAGGACAUUGAUCAGGAUCUCUCUCGACUGCUACGCGAUGAACGCGCCGCAGGUACCCUGCCCCAGACCGACCUGAAGCUGGCCAUGGGGGCUGCGGCGGCCCUGAUUCGGUACCUGGGAGUCAUGUCCGAUCAGACCAACUUUGGCCAGUAUCAGCUCUACCAACACGAUCUCGCACAGUUCAUGAAGCUCGAUGCUGCGGCAUUGAAGGCGCUAAACUUGAUGCCAGGUCCUCGUGAUGGCUCCAAGACCAUGAGCUUGUAUGGUUUGCUGAACCAUUGCAAGACACCACUGGGUAGCCGACUCCUUGCCCAGUGGCUCAAGCAGCCUCUGAUGGACGUGAAGGAAAUCGAGCGCAGGCAGCAGUUGGUCGAAGCCUUUGUGAUGGAUACUGAGCUGCGACAAACAAUGCAAGAGGAACAUCUCCGGUCGAUCCCGGACCUUUACCGCCUAGCAAAGAAGUUCCAGCGUAAAAUGGCAAAUCUCGAGGAUGUCGUUCGCGCAUACCAAGUGACCAUUCGCCUCCCAGGCUUCUUAGGAACCCUCGAGGGUGUCAUGGAUGAGCAGUAUAAGGAUCCUUUGGAUACGGAAUAUACUGCGAAGUUGAAUGAAUGUUCCAACAGCUUGGCCAAACUCCAGGAGAUGGUCGAGACUACCGUCGACCUGGAGGCGCUAGACAACCACGAGUUUAUCAUCAAGCCCGAGUUCGACGAUGACCUUCGGAGCAUCAGCAAGCGCUUGGAAAAGAUCAGAAAGACUAUGCAGGUUGAGCACUCGCGAGUAGGCGACGACCUUGAUCAGGAUACCGACAAGAAGCUUUUCUUGGAGAACCACAAGGUUCACGGCUGGUGUUUCCGUCUGACCCGCAAUGAAGCCGGUUGCAUCCGAAACAAGAAGCAAUACAAGGAAUGCUCGACACAAAAGAAUGGCGUCUACUUCACCACCGAUAAAUUGGCAGAGCUGAGAAGAGAAUUUGACCAGCUCUCAGAGAAUUACAACCGCACACAGCGGGGCCUCGUCAAUGAGGUGGUCAAUGUAGCCUCUUCGUACUGCCCGGUGCUUGAGAGACUUGCCGGUAUCAUUGCUCAUCUGGACGUUAUCGUCAGCUUUGCUCAUGUAUCCGUCCACGCACCCACGGCCUACGUCCGUCCCAAGAUGCACAAGCGUGGAACUGGCAACACGAUCUUGAAAGAGGCCCGGCACCCGUGCAUGGAAAUGCAGGACGACAUCUCUUUUAUCACGAAUGAUGUGUCUCUGGUCCGUGGAGAGUCUGAAUUUCUCAUCAUCACCGGCCCCAACAUGGGUGGUAAGUCGACUUAUAUCCGCCAAAUUGGUGUCAUCGCUCUCCUCGCCCAGGUCGGGUGCUUUGUGCCGUGUAGCGAAGCCGAGCUUUGCAUCUUUGACAGCAUACUUGCGCGCGUGGGCGCCAGCGACAGCACACUCAAGGGCGUGUCGACAUUCAUGGCGGAGAUGCUCGAGACGGCCAACAUCCUCAAGAGCGCGACGCGCGAAAGCCUGAUCAUCAUCGACGAGCUGGGCCGCGGCACCAGCACGUACGACGGCUUCGGCCUGGCUUGGGCCAUCUCAGAGCACAUUGUGCGCGAGAUUGGCGCGUUCGCGGCCUUCGCCACGCAUUUCCACGAGCUCACCGCGCUCGUCGACACGUAUCCGCAGGUGCAGAACCUGCACGUAGUCGCGCACAUCGGCGAGCGUCAGCAGGACUCGACGAUGGCGGACGGCGACGACGACGACGCUGCCGUGACGGAAAAGCGCAGAGAGGUCACGCUGCUGUACAAGGUCGAGCCGGGCGUGUGCGAUCAGUCGUUCGGCAUCCACGUGGCGGAGUUGGUGCGCUUCCCGCAGAAGGUGGUCAACAUGGCGAAACGCAAGGCGGACGAGCUCGAGGAUUUCUCGGGCAAGCACGAGGACAUGGAGGCGCUGGGUCAGGCGAGCAAGGCGGACGUCGAGGAGGGGAGCAGGAUGUUGAAGGACGUGCUGCUGAAGUGGAAGGAAGAGUGCGCGAAGGAAGGGUUGACGGGGAAGGAGGAGCAGGUGGCCAAGAUGAGGGAGUUGGUGAAGGGGAACGAGGAGUUGAUGAAGAAUCCGUUCUUCAAGCGGGUGAGGGCGCUGUGA